UCUCGCGAAUCGAUAUUCCACUCAAAUAUUGACUCGACAAUUUUGUGUCUGUGUGUGUCGCAGGUAACUACCGUAGUAAAGUUGCAAUGCGCUUAUUUUCAAAAUAAAAAAUCUACCCCAAUUAAAGUGCAUUAUAUCCAAUAAAAAUAAUUUGUUAAAUAAACCAAAAUAAACAAUAAUUUAAAUAUAAUACAAAGUGUGUUGUGGCAAACAGCAUCAUGUUGCUUAUAGCAUCAUUAGUGUUAUUAACAAUUGGAUCAUCACACGCUAGCAUUCCAGAUUAUGACCCAUCACCGACCUCUUUCAACGAUCAUGGAGUACCACAUUUGGAUCUGGACAGUUUGGAGAGUGGUUAUCAUGGUUUAGUUAAAGAAAAUGAAACUCUAGUUGAAGUAACACCCCAAAUACGUGCAUUUGGAUCAAAAAUAUGUGAAUAUCGUAUAUCGAAUAAGCAUCAUGGUGAAGCACCAUUUGAUAUUAUUUUGAAAGAUAAAGGAAUUGCUGAAUUGCGAGCAAUACGAGUCCUAAAUUGUGAAAAACGAAGAAAUUAUAAAUUUGAUAUUGCUGCUGUUGGCUGUAAUGGAUAUCAAUCAGAAAACGCAACUGUUCAUAUAACAGUGAUUGAUGUCAACGAGUAUGCACCACAAUUUACAGAACCAGCAUACGUCAGCACAGUUGAUGAGGGACGUCUUUAUGAGGAGGUCGUACGUGUUGAAGCAACUGAUCGUGAUUGUACACCAAAAUUUGGUGACGUAUGCAAAUAUGAAAUACUGACUGCUGAACAACCAUUUUAUAUUAAUAAUGAAGGAAUUAUUAAAAAUUCCGAGCCACUUGAUUAUGAACGUUCACAUAAUUAUAUAUUAUCUGUUGUUGCAUAUGAUUGUGGUAUGAAACAAUCAGCACCAACAAUGGUUACAGUUAAAGUUAAUCGUGUAUGUUCACCUGGUUGGCGUGGUAUACCAGAACGUGUUGAUUAUUCAGCAGAUGCUGGUCCACAACCAUUAAUACCAUCAGCACAUCUUGAAUUAUGUGAUGCACCAUGUAAUUUACGUAAUUUAAGAGCAACACUUAGUUUAGCAACAGAUCAUAUUGGUAAAGGUUGUGAUCGUGAUACAUACAGUGUACAAAGUCAACGUAAACUUUGUGGUGCAUCAAAAGAUAGUAUUGAUUUAUUACCAACACCUGGACCAUCAACAACUUGGACAUCAACAUUGAUACGUGAUGAAGGCAGAGAAGCCGAUGAAAUAUUUGAAUUUGAUGGUACAAGCUCAGCAGCAAUAAUACCAGCUGAAAUACUUGAUCAUGCACUUGCACAAAAAUUUAGUAUUGGUGUUUGGAUGAAACAUCGUCCACGUCCAAGACAAGAUCCACAUGUUAAAGAACAUAUACUAUGUGCUGCUGAUGAUCAUAAAAUGAAUCGUCAUCAUUAUGCUUUAUUUGUACGUAAUUGUCGUUUAAUAUUAUUAUUGAGACGUGAUUUUUCAGAGGGCGAUCCAAAUAUAUUUAGACCAGCUGAAUGGAGAUGGAAAAUACCACAAGUAUGUGAUGAUCAUUGGCAUCAUAUUAAUGUACAAGUUGAAUUUCCACAUGUUACAUUAUUUGUUGAUGGUGAUGAGUAUCAUGGUAAUGAAAAAAAUCCAGAAAUUAUUGAUGAUUGGCCAUUACAUCCAGCAAAAGAUAUUAAUACAACAAUAACUGUUGGUGCAUGUUGGCAAGGUACUGAUAAUAAAACAAAACAUCAUUAUCGUGGUUAUCUUGCUGGUUUAUCUGUACUUGUUGGACGUACUGAAAAAUCAGAAGUAUUAACAUGUUUAAGACGUUGUCAAGAAGGUAUACAUGUACCAUCAAUGGAUUUAUUACAACCAGGUACACAAUUAUUAACAAAUUCUGAUUUAACUGAAGUACGUAUUGACGGUGAUAAUUAUACAAAUGUUGAAAUAUUAUUACGUCGUAUUGGCUAUACAAAUACACGUCGUUUUCCAACACCAGGACGUCGUAAUUUCCGUUUAGAUACAACAAUAAUAUGUGAUGGUAAUGAUAUACGUCCAAUAACAAUACCAUCAAUACAAUCAUAUGUUACAGUAUUACCACCACCACGUCCUGGUAUAACAGUUAAUGGUACAUCAUAUAUUGCACGUGAAUAUAAUGAUUUUCGUGUUGGUGUUAGAGUAUUUUCUGAUGCACGUGUUACUGCUGGUAGUGCAGCACGGCUAGAUGCAUGUGCUGUAUCAGUAUAUCCAAGUUUAAAUCCAGAUCAUGAAACAAUUGGUUUACCAGCUGAUACAUUACAUCAAGUACAUGCAAUUGUAUCAAGAAUUGAUCGUGAUGGUGUUGUAUUGUCUGGUGCUGAUACACCAUAUAAAUAUCAACAAUUAUUAAGAUUAAUAACUUAUACUAAUAAAAAACCAGCAUAUUAUCUUGAUCGUGUAUUUAAAUUAACAUGCUCUGAAUUAUCUGGUAGAUUUGCUAGUAAUGAAUAUGUACAAACACUUGCUGUUAUACAUCCAAAAGAAAAAUCAUCAUCAUUACCAUCAUCAUCACCAUCAUCAUCAUCAAUUUUAAUACCAACAUCAAAUUUACCAACUGAUUUACCACCAAUUGUUAAAAUACUUGAUCCAGUACAAGGACAUGCACAAUUAUCACGACAUCAUGCUGAUGUAUCAAAUGAAUAUGAAACAACAUCAUUACAUGGAGGUAAUAAAAUUUUAAAUUCAACUGGUAGUCAUGCAAUAACAAUUGUUGCUGCUGGUUGUAUUGGAUUUUUACUUCUUAUGAUUGUUGUUGGUGCAACACGUGUACGUGGAGCUAAUAAAAGUCGUACAGCAAGUGAUGAAUUAACUGCUGAAACUGAAAUGGCAUGGGAUGAUUCAGCACUUGCAAUAACAGUUAAUCCAAUGGAACGUUUAGCUGAUAAUAAUUCACAUAAUUCGCAUCGUGAUGAUGAACAUGAUGAUUCAGCUAGUUCUGAUUCUGAUGAUGAUUCAUUUAGAGAUGAUGAUAUUGAUUCAUCUGAUUGUGAUAAUGAUUGUGAUGUAUCAACACGUCGUCAUCAUCGCCAUCAUCAACAUCAUCAAAUUCCUCAUGAUCUUGAAUGGGAUCAUCGUGAUGUUUAAAUUUUUUUUUUAUUUUUCAUUUCUUUAAAAGUUUCAUUUUUUUAAAAAAAAUGUUUUUCUUUUUUUUUUACUUUCAAAAUUUUUUUUUUUUUCUAAUUAUCUUCUAUUCUUCUAACAAACAAACGAAAAAAUAAUGGAAAUAUUAAUCUCCUGUUUUUUCAUAUACAGGAAUAUUCGGUAUUAAGGGGAGUACAGUUUAAUUUUAUUUUUAAAAUUAAAUUUUUCGAAAUUCCUAAUUUGGAUAAUUUUUUAUUUUGCAAUUGGCACUCAGCUGUCCAAAAUUUCAAAUAUAAAAAUAAAUUCUUGCAAUACAUAUAUAUAUAUUUAUAUUUUUUAUUUUUUUUUGUUUUUUAAAUUAAGACUACGACGCGCUGCAAUAACAGAGUAGAGUGUAU